AUGUUGAAGUUAGGUACUCGACUGCUGCCGGCUCUACCGGCUAGGAGGACCUCCAUGGUCAGAUAUAUGGCUACGAACACCCCGUUUGAUUUGGAUGAGAGUGAUCCCAAAUAUAAGGAGCUGAAUACAAUGUAUGAAGAGAUGUUCAGCGGUGAGACAGUUCCAUAUAUGUCAAAUGAUGCGACAGAUGAAGUUUCUGAAGUAGAUUUGCUGAAUGAGGAAAUAGAUUCUUUGUACAAUGUUGGUAUGAAUAACCCGAGACACAUUAAAAUCAACACUAGUACUGAACUGAAUAAGCUAAUAAAGGGAGAAGGUCCUUUUGUACUUCGAAGUAUAUCACAUAACCCAUACUUCAACUUAGCAUUAGAGGAUUACCUAUUUCGUAACACUCCGAUAGACAAGAAUAGCAAAAGCUUCGAUAGCCACAGACUGGUGUUCUAUAUCAACAACAAAUGUGCAGUAAUCGGCAAAAAUCAGAACAUAUGGGAAGAGUUGCAUCUACAGAAGCUAAAGGAAAAAGGUUAUGAAGUUUUGAGAAGACUCUCUGGUGGUGGUGCAGUACUGCACGAUUUAGGUAAUGUGAACUACUCUUACAUUUGCUCUCGAGAUGAAUUUGAUACAAAGUACUUUAAUGGCAGAAUAGUAUCUUGGUUGAAACAGUACAACCAUGCACUACCAGUUAGCUUAAACCAACGGGGUGAUAUCUUGAGUAACGGUUUCAAGAUCAGUGGAAGUGCUUAUAAGGUUGCUCUUGGUAAGGCAUAUCAUCAUGGUACCAUGCUAAUUAAAUCAAACCUAUCCGAUUUCAAAGGACUUUUGAAACCUGAUAUCAUUGAGGGAAUAAACUGGGAAACAAAUAGUGUUGUAAGUGUUAGAUCACCGAUUGAAAAUUUACCUCUCCCAUCUCCUGAUACUUUCAUAGAUCUAUGCACAUCCCAAUUCAACAAAAUGUUUCAUUUGAACAAUAAUAGUUAUGUUUGUAAUGAAUCAGUUAUGGAAAAUAAUGACGAUAUAAAAGAGACCAUGCAAAAGCUUCAAUCGAAUGAUUGGAAGUACCACAGUGGCCCAAAGUUUAAAGUACACAUUAGAGACUCAAAAACUGGCAAAGAGCAUUCUAUUGCUGUUGAAAAGGGAUUUAUCGUUGACUCGACAUUGAAAGGCGUUGAAGCUCAGGAUUUCAAUAAUUUCUUGCACAAUGUAGAUAAAUAUAUAACUGUAAAUAAGGCAAAUAUCUUGUAA